CUCUCUCUCUCUCUCUCUCUAUAUAUAUAUAUAUAUAUGCAUAUAUAUAAAUAUACUCAAUACGAUACCACUUUCUUGUGUUUGGUUGCUGAGAAAGAAACAGAAAAUUUUCAAGCCAUCGCAUUCUUUUUCUUUCGAAAUCUUCCUAUAUUGAACUGAUUAAGAGGAAUAGAGUAGAAAUAGGCUUCACUAUUAUCACAACCUGUUUCUUUUAUUCGAGAUGAACUGGGCGAGGAGUUGGCGUUGCCUUACGAAGAAGCUCCAUAAGUCCACGCCAGAGGUUUCGAAAAUCAGUUCAUCAAGAUAUUACCAUCGCGUGGGGUUUCAAGAAAGGUUGAUCCUACCGAGAAAUCCCUUUUCGGGAUUUGGGUCGAAUUCGAAACAUGGCUCUUUGAUUCCGUCUCGCCAUUUUGGGAAGAAUGCUGGAAAUGAUAUCCACAUAGGCAGAGAUUUUCUUGCACAGCUCUGGGUUGCAGAUGGGAAAAUGAAUAAGAAAACUAGAAAAGUGGUUUAUGGACAUUGUGGUUCACCUUCACCACCGCCAGUGUAUGAAGAUCGAUUGUUUUCUUCAGAGGCAUAUGUUCCUGAAUUUAAGCAGGGCAAGAAAGCUGUGUCAGUGCCAUUUCCUGGUCUAUCAGAAUAUUUGAGACCUGAAACUCCAGAAGAGGUCCAGGUGGAACCUCUUCUUGCCAGAUCAAAUUUGCUUAUUACUAGGGAUAUAGAGUGGGCAAAUCUUGUCCUUGGUUUUGAGCAGGAAAAUCGGUAUGCUAUUGUGGAUGUGUGCUAUCCCCAAUCACCAGUAGGUUUAAUUCGUGAACAAAGUAAUGUCCUUGCUAGACAGUUUCUUCGCUUGAGGCGCCCUUUUGUUGCUCUUGUAACUGAUGCAGAGGGUAAUGAGCUUUUCAGGGUACGUAGGCCGUUUUGGUGGAUAAACAGCUCAAUUUAUGCAGAGGUCAAUGGAAAGGAAGUUGGGGUGGUUCACAGGCGAUGGCAUCUAUGGAGGAGGAUUUAUGAUUUGUACCUGGGGAACAAGCAGUUUGCAGUGGUUGAAAACCCUGGCUUCUGGAAUUGGACAUUCACUUUGAAGGACAUUAAUGGCAAUGUGCUCGCUGAGAUAGAUCGUGACUGGAGAGGUUUCGGCUUUGAGCUUUUUACUGAUGCUGGUCAAUACGUGAUUCGCUUUGGAAGUACUGAUCCAAGCUCCAAGCAUGGAGCUGCUGAAGCGGUUCAAGAUUUGGAAGUGUUCCGUCCACUGAGUUUAUCGGAGAGAGCUGUGGCUGUUGCUCUUGCUAUAUCAUUAGACAAUGACUAUUUCUCAAGGCAUGGUGGCUGCUUGUACCUUACUCUGAUAAAGCAAUCCUCAAUCUUGUACCACAUGUACUCGUUGAAGAACCAAGAGUAAGCACGUCUCCAAAAACCACAGGCCAACAUAGGACCAAUGACACCUGCAAAGCCAACUCCAAAUCCGACCACUAUGCCUAAUCGAAACCAGUAUUUCUCUUCUUCAUCUUCAGUACUUGCAUCCUUAGGUGUUAUUUCACGAUCUUCUCUGCACUUUUUCAGGAGUGGAAGUCCACAAAGUUGGUUUCUAAUAUAGCAAGAAGCAUCCAUGCUCUGAAGUUGGGUGCUUGUGGGAAUUUCUCCUGAAAAGUUGUUGUAUGACAAGUUUAAGUGAUUCAAGAAAGUUAAACUUGACAAACUUUGGAGGAAUAACACCAGACAGUUGGUUCAUCGAGAGGUCAAGAGAUUCCAACAUAGCCAUAUCUUUUAUUUGAUUAGGAAUGCUUCCUUUGAGAGAGUUUCUUGACAGAUUCAAAGAUUGUAAUGCAUGGAGAUUUGUGAGUUAUAUUGGGAAGUCUCCUGAUAAAUUGUUAUUUGAAAGAUCUAUGCUAGCCACCAAUGAUAGGAUGGUGUUGUAUUGAUCUUCCAUUCCUUUAGUGAUAACUCUACAAAAUAGAGUUAUUUUACCACUUUUUAUGUGCUACUUGUUGCUUAAUUCUUGAGUUUUUAAGUAAUUUAUUAAGUUUUUGAGUAA